CGGAUGUGUCUGGCCAGAGGAAAACGGGAGGAGUUUGGAUCGGCACGCGAGACUAACCGGCAGCUCUGAUCGUCAACGGCUCUCCCUCUGUCGUUCACACACACAUACACGCACGCAUGUGCGCUGUCAGACACACACACACACACACACACGCCAGCUGGAUGUUUCCUUGCUACGCUGAACGGGAGAGGUGCUUUGGCUUGUCAUUAGUUGAGGGCACGGAGGAACAUGAGAAGCCUUGACGCGUGUUUGUGUUUCUGAAUGGAGAUGAGCCAGUACUUUAAACACACCGGAGCUGCUUUCACCGGCUCGCGGCUGAAGUGACUCGCACCUCUCGCUCCGGGUGACACCGUGGACUAAACUCUGGUGUGAGUGCACGGGGGGGCUCCCUGGCUGAGGAGGUGGAGAGCUGAAAAUGGAUCUGAAGGAAAGUUGUGGCAGUCAGGGGAGCCACGAGAGCUCCAGCCUGCAUCCCACCUCCUGGCAGGCUUUCGCUAACACCAGUACGCUGCACGGUCUGCGCUUCAUCUUCCCAUAUGGACGAGCUGGUGCACGCCGCUUGCUCUGGGCUGUGGCUCUCCUGGCCUGCCUGGGACUUUUAGCCUUGGAGAGUGCGGAGCGGCUCGCCUACUUCCUGUCUUAUCCUCACGUGACCAGCGUGGACGCUAUUGUGUCGAGCAGUUUAGUUUUCCCUGCUGUGACCAUUUGUAACCUCAAUGCUUAUCGCUUCAGCCAUCUCACUCGUAAUGACCUGUACCACGCUGGAGAGCUGCUUGCCCUGCUGGAUGUACACCUGGCAAUCCCCCAGCCGCACCUGGCUGAGCCUGAUGUGCUCGCUGUCCUGCAGGAAAAGACCAACUUCACAGCCUACAAACCCAAAGUGUUCAGCAUGAAGGAGUUCAUCGAUAGGGUUGGCCACGACCUCAAUGAGAUGAUGCUUUCGUGCAAAUACCAAGGCCAAGAGUGCAGCCACAGUGACUUCAAAACCGUGAGUUUCUUCAAAUGUCAUCUCUGCUCUGUGCUCAGCUGGAGUUAGAACCUCUCUUAGGUCAUCUGUCCGUCUGAAACUGCUCGUGAGGUUUUCAGGGUGCUUGGUCUGACUCUUGAAAGUUUCUAGAAAAGAAUUGUCUUUUGAAAAUGCUGAUAAAAUAUCUUGAUGCAUGCUGAAAGCUGAGCUUUCCCUCCUGCUGUGCACAGCUUGAAGCUUCCUGACUGGUUUUCUCCGUGGUACCCUCAUGGCUCGCUUCACAUGUAGCCUUUUAAGAAUUGUUCUGCAAAUACAUUCUGUGCUUUUUCCUUCACGUUGUCCUCAGCUUUCACACAAUAGCUUUGUGCCAGUGGCAAGUGCAGUACUGUGACAAGUCUGAAGUAUCCUAGUGACUGAAGCAAAGUAACUGUUUUGUCCUCGGCCAUUUGAGUUGUGAAUUCCCUUGAAUCCUCCCGUCACUUCGUUUUGUUUCUGCGGCCAAGUAUUUUCUUUAUUUUUACAAGUCUGAGCUUUCAAACGAUGCUUUUUCCCUCUUCUUGAGUGUCUACUGGAGAAUAAAAUCAAAACAAAUAAGUAUUUAUUUACACGUUGGCAGGAGUUUUUCCUCUUGUUGAUUCUGAUCUCCAGAGUCUGGUGAUGCUGGCGUGAAAAGUGGUUUCAUAUUUGCAUUAUUUUCAGUGAUAAAAAGAAAUAAAUAGCUUUAAUCAAUCUACUCUAUUACAGAGCAAAGUGAGCAUGCUUGUUGGCUUGGACACCAAAUGCUGAUAUUUAACUUCAACUUGUUGCUUACUUCAGCUCCACCAGGGCGUGUGGGGAUUGCAUCCAUCAUAAAACAUUGACUCUUUUAAACACACAACCUUCUUUUCUUUUAACUUAAUGAAAUUGAUUCUAAAAUUUCUUGUGUGAAGACUUGCUGGAUCUCUUCAGAAAUCUCUGGUAUUUACAAGGUUUAAGUCAUUAACACAAAUCUGGUACACCUGACAUUUAUACAGACCAUUUAAAAAGAAGGCUGCAGAGUUUCUGUCUUCUUCAGCGCAUUUAUUCAGCUGUUCUGCUGUCAGCAGACGCGUGAGCUGUGUAAUCCAUCACGCCGAAGAACAAGUCUGCAUCGGUUUAUUGGCAUAGCUCUGCUUCAGCCUGGUGAGCUUGAAGACUGUACGGUCGGUGUUUCAACCUGCCUGUUAGUUUGGACUCUGGAAAAUCGUAGUCCGCUGCUAAGAAAACACUUAGACUGAAUUUAUUAUUCUUUGGUGCAUUUUAUCAUUUCUUAACUAUAAUGGAUUAUAUUUUUAUUUAGUUAUAGUCAUUUUCAUGGAGCCAAAGCGCUUUACAGAAAAUCUGUGAUUCAUUCCCACUCUGGUGACAUUAAACUACAUCAUAACCACAGCUUUCCUGGGGCAGUCUGACAGAGGUGAGGCUGCUAUUUUGUGCCAAUGGCUCCUUUGACCACUACAGACACAGGGGAGUCAAUUGAACAGCAGAAUUCCCAGGAAAGAUUAGGGGUCGAACUGGCAACCCUUGCGUUACUGGACAACCAGCUCCUGAGCUGCUGCUGCUCCACUAUGAAGGGUUAGCAUGAAAGUAAAAUCUCUAAAGAAAAUAACAAGAUCGUUCUUUGUGGAUAUUCAUUUAAUGCUUUUAAUAAAAUGCCAAAACUUUCAUAUGAUAUCAAAAUGUCUGUCAAAAUAAUAAAUAAUGGACCUUUAGUUGUUUUAUUGUGUUAAUGAUGUGGGGACCUCGGAAAGGGAAACUGUUUAAAAAGAGACUUUUUAGAGCUACUGGAGUCUUGAUUGUGAAGGAAAGUUAAACCUUUUGGCCACCACAGAGCUCUGCUUUUCACUGCUACUAACUAGGGUUACCGCAUGUUCCUCCACAUAUGGAAUAGUUCCAUUUUCAUAACUUAAAUUGUUCAUUCCAUCUUGAAUCUAAACACAGGGCGGGUCAUAUGUAUGUGUCAUAUUUCUGAGUUGUCCUCAGUGCAGCUUCAUCUUCUCCAUAUUUUAUAUGAAAUAGCAGAUUAUGAGAUGGAUUUGUUAGGGUCUAACGUAGUGGUGAUGUGUAAGAUUACACCUCCCCCCCCACACACACACCUUCUCCACCACAACGCCAGCACAAGCAUGAGUGGGAGGGGUCAAAUCUGUGGAGGUUUUCCAACAACAACCUUAAAGUUUUUUGCCACACGCAGAGGCGGAUUUAGCAAUUUGGGGGCCCAAGGCGAACACAGACAUGGGGCCCCUUACACCAAAUUUUCGACAAUCUUACCUUUAACUGGAUUUGUGAUACUCUCCCCUCUUCUGACAUGAGUUAUUUUCCCUUUUUAUUAGUCCUCCUUUUUUCCUGUUUCUCUCUCCCUUUGAGCGCUUUCAAUAUUUGCUCUGCUUUCUUUUUCCUGUCAGUGCUCCUGUGCUUUUGCCUUAGUUAUUUUUUUUCUAUUUUCCAUUUUGAUCCAUGUUUUCCUCCCUUUAAACAUUUUCCAUUGUCUUUCCUUUCUGCUUCCUUUUGAUGUUUACAUCGAAAAACGACGUCACUUUCAGAAGUGAAAAUAAAAGCUUAUAUGAAGCAAGCUGCUUCUUUCUCUUAUUGGAGCCACUAGGAUAACUCCAUUUCAUGCUUAAUGUUUUGACUAUCGCUUUGAGUUUGUUACGAACGCUCCCGCCUCUCUUCUUCUUCUUGUUUGUGGUCUUAUGGCACUUGGCAAACAACCAUUUGGUGCAUUACCGCCACCAACUGGAUUGGAGUGGAAUGACUACCAAUCACUUCAUGUUUGUGCAUCGCCGUCUUAAUAACCCUCUUAUGACCAUAAUUAUAACAGGGCCGCCUGUUUUUUUUCUUAUGGCUGUAAAAUUGUAAUAAAAAGUGCAAAGUGUGUGUAACUCUUCUUUUUUCAGAACAACCUCAGCUUUCAGUGUAUGGUUUGUAUUUAGAAUUUAUUUCUAUGAAAGCCUUUAAAACAUCAGCUUAAAAGUGAAAAAGCAAAA